AUGUUGGAAACUCCGAUAUCCUCGACAUCUAGGAUGACCAGGACUAGUAUUGGCGGGAGCAGCAAUAGUUCUAUCAAAAGACGGAGCCUCAUACCACAGAAACGAAUAUCUACAGUUAGAAAUGAGGAGUGCAAUGAUGACGAUGCUGAACGCUCUUCAUUGGUGGCAUCUGAGCGCGCUAUUGUCACGUCCACGCCGCAGCAGUCACCACGGCGCGGACGCGACACCAUGUCAUCAUCGCCUCAGAAGGAGCAUUUCCAAGGAUGUCUUAAGCUUUAUGCGGAAAAUAAAAUUACUAAAGACAAUGCUUGGAAUCUGCAAUUAAUAGAUUUCAUGACGAACAUGCUGCGGCGACAUGACUCCCGCAUGGACAACUUGCAGACAGCCUCGACUGUGGUAGAUGCUUCGGCCCGGAUCUACUCCUUCAGAGUUGAUGCAGUGCACUAUGAUGUGUUGAAGAUGGCUGGAGGAUUGAGUAAAGCUGCACAGACAAAACGAGGUAAAAAAGAUGAUGAAAACGGUGUUCAAGAAGACGGUGCGGUAGAUAGUGACGCUGCCCCAGUAAAAAAAAAGAAGAAAAAAUCUAAAGGGGCUAUUGCUGCUAAUCCAGAAGUUUUUAAUGGAGAUUUUGAUAUCAAUGACUGUUUAGAUCCAUUCUUUGAGCGUCUAGCGGCUACACAGGGCGAUGUAACAUCAUCAAAUAGAGCAUUUAAUGCGACAUUACCUAUUCAAGACAAAUCCUUAGCCUUAAUAUUGAGAACUGACGACCGAUACCUAGAGGAAAUAAAGGAGAAUAUUCCAGAAGAAAUUAACCUCUCAGAUCGAAUCACCAUAUCAUCCAAAUUAUUACCCGCAUUUACUGACAAUGAUCAUAUAUGUGAACCAUUCACUGGUUUUUCUAUAUCUAACUGGGAUCCUGAUACUGAAGACAACGUUACCAGAGUCAAUAAUUGGGUAGAAGAUAAUCAACUAAAUUUAUCGCAACAAGCCCUUGCGUUUGACAUGAAUGCUGAGGUCGAGCCUAUACCGCUAGAUGAACCUAAUAAUGAUUUAUUUGAGGACGAGCCGCUGGGAGGCAUCGAGAGCGAGGAGGAGGCGGACGUGGCGGUGGCGGCGUGCGUGGCGCGCGCGGGGGCGGGCGGCGCGCUGGCGCGGCUCAGCGACAUGCGGCCCGCCGCCGCCGCCGACACGCGCCUCGAGUACUCCUACUGCGGCGCCAUCGUCGCCGCCUGGGCCGGGCCCUCGCACUGGCGCCUCAAGAACAACAGAGCAUCUAAAAUGACCGAACGCACUCAAUCGACGGCCGGCCGUCUUACAGUCGAAGGCAAGAAACCGCCUCGCAUGAAACGUCAGCUAGACUUCCUCGGUAUUGGCUUGUCGUUCGACUGUCGGUCAGACCCAGUCGGAGAGUAUGAGCCUACCCAGCCAGCAAAGAUCAUGAUCAGUAGGAAAACAUUGGCUACUGGACAUACAUGGAACGAAGCUAAUUUUAAAACCCCCAUUGAUAGAGGUUUAGACGAGUCACACUUCCGUAAGCUAUUCCUACGAACCAAAGUCAUGAUGCUACGUAAACGUGAUCUCGAACAGAGCAAGCAACCGGAACCGGAGCCCGUCACAGUGGAAGAAGCGAGAGACUACGAUUAUAAUAAUGAAAAUGAUGCCUCAUAUUGUCCUAAUAACAUACCAGACGGCGACGAUUGGGGCAACGAAGACGCUAUGGCCGCCGGUGAACUUCAUGAGCAAGUAAAAGCUGCUGAACCAGAAGAAAUUGGCGACAUGUUAGAACCUCCGACAAAGGUUGCCAAAAUCUUCAUUCCAUACGCAAUGAGAGCGAAAAAAGUGGACAUGAAGCAACUCAAACACUGCACUUGGAAAAUGCUUACAGAGAAGACUCCAGAAGGAGAGAAAGAUACUGUCUCAUCAACUACGUUUUUCUCAAUCUACUCAAGAUUGCCAAGCAAAUUGUCUUCCAACAUGCGCGAAUGUCUCAGUAUACCUAUCGCUUUGCUCUCAGUGCUCCAUUUGGCUAAUGAGAAAGGUCUCAUAUUAGAAAAACGUGAUAACCUCAAAGACAUAGGCAUUCUGGGUCUCAUAAAAUAA